AUGGGUGGAGAAUGUCGGCGGAAAUGUCAGCCGGACCGGGCGCUCUGUGGACGUUUAAAGGAUAAGCUGCCUCGAGGCAAACCUUCCUUUCGUGGCUCUCCUCCGCCUGCUCUGAUCCUGCUCUCCUCGUCCCACCAAGGCCACGUUGCUUCCGCGCGCUCCCUCCACCAACCCGCCCGUACAGCCAUCCGAGGUAUGUAA